AUGGAGUCGGCCUCGACGGAGUACAGCUUGUACACCGCUCCCACCGCCCGGCCCUUCUCUUGGCGACCACCGGCGUUGCUGCUUGUGAGUGCAGCCACUCUCCUCCUUGGAUCUCACGCGUUUCCGCGCCUGGCCGCCCUGAAUGCGGUGCCCGCACCAUUUGUGUAUGACUACUGCCAGGCCCCGCCGCCGCACAUGGGCGGGGCGGACAAUCUGCAGCUCGUGCGCAUGGCGGUUGUGGCGCGGCACGGCGAUCGCUCUCCGCUCGUGAAAUAUGUCGGCCGGGAUAAAUACAAUGCGUGGGGAGACUGCGAGCGGUGCAAGAGCUCGGGCCUGUGGGACAGCGCGUGCGGCGGCGGCGGCGCGUGCUACGUUGGGCAGCUGACAGACAAGGGCCAGGAUCAGCUGCGCGCCGUCGGGCGAGCCAUCCGGAACGCAUUUGAAGGGCACGGCACCCACGAGGCCCGCACGAGGCUUGGCAAGCGCGGCGGCGUCUCGGUCCUCGCAACCCACGUCAACCGGACGCAGGACUCAGCCCGAGCGCUGCUCGAGGGCCUGCUGGGCAGCGCCUCGCGCGCCGCUGACGUGUCCAUCGAGGUACAGCAGCCGGGCGAGAAGCUGUGGCUGUACCCAUCGCGGGGCUGUGACGGCCUCGCCUCGGCGGACGACGCCGCGAUGCGGGCGUGGGGGGUUGCAAUAUCGUCCGGCUCGCCGCCGGUUGCGCACUGGGCGCUCGGCGAAAAGAUGGAUGGCGACGGCAGCCUGCCGGCGGCCCAGCUCCUCAACCUCAACGACCUCUACCAGACGCGCUGGUGCCACGGAGGCUUCCGCGACGGCUGGCCGUGCGAGGACACGGCGGGGCCUUCGUACGACGGCACUGCGUGCGACCACUGGGCGCUCACCCACUUCGCCACGGUCGUCGAGACGGUUCAGGACACCACCUGCGCUGCCGGCGGCGGCAGCAGCGCCGAAGACGACCGGCGCGCGCUGCGGCUGAUCGCUGGCCGGCUGCUCCACGAGGUGUCGACCUUCGUGGAGCUCGGCAAGCCGCACGCGGCGGUGCGCUACUUUUCGGGCCACGACUCGACCCUGGUGCCUCUGCUCUCGGCGCUGGGCCUCUGGGGCGGCAAGGCGGCGGCGCUGUGGCCGCCGUACGCGAGCACGGUCGCGUUCGAGGUAUGGGCGGACGUCGACGGCGCCGAGACGGUGCGUGUGCGCUACAACGGCCUCGAGGUGUUUCCGCCUCUCAUGUACGGCGAUGGCGAGAAGCAGAGAGAGACGGCGGGAGAGAAGGGAGGGGGCAGGCUGAGCCCGGCGGAGACGCGGCACGCGCUGCGCGGCUUAUCGAUGGGCGAACACGAGUGGUUCGAUGCGUGCGGAGUGCCGCACGACAGCUGA